ACAAAAUCGACAAACUUUCAGCUAGACUAAACAAGAUAAAAAGAGAGAAAACACAUAUACAUAAAAUUUAAAAAUGAAAGAGGAGACAUUACAACUGACACUACAAGAGAGGGUCAGCCCUUCCACCAUGGCCACCAUUGAGGAACAGCAGCCAUGGCUCUCUGCUACCCCGUGGCCGUGGGCCUCAACAACAGCCACAAAAUGACAAAGAAUGUGAGCAAGCAGAGGCACAGCCACUGCCACAGGCGCCUCAACAAGCACACCAAGUUCGUGCGGGACAUGAUCCGAGAGGUGUGUGGCUUUGCCCCCUAUGAGUGGGGCACCACGGAGUAGCUGCUCAAGGUCUCUAAAGACAAGAGGGCCCUGAAAUUCAUCAAGAAAAGGGUGGGAACAUAUAUCCAGGCCAAGAGGAAGAGAAAGGAGCUGAGCAAUGUCCUCACAGCCAUGAGGAAGGCAGCAGCCAAGGAUUGAGCCCCAUCCCCUCUAUGCAAUAAAACCUGUUUAGAAAAAAAAGAAGAAACUAAGAGACUAUUGUGAAAAACUAUCCCUCAACAAAUUGGACAACCUAGAAAGAAUGGAUAAAUUGUAGAUACAUAUACUCUACCAAGACUGAAUCAUGAAGAAAUAGAAAAUCUGAACAGACUAAUGAUAAUGAAUAAGGAGACUCAACAAGUAAUGAAAAACCUCCCAACAACAACAAAAAAAAGCCCAAAAAGAGAUGCAUUCACUGGUAUGUUCUACCAUACAUUUAAAGAAGAAUUUAUUCUCAUCCUUCUCAUGCUCUUCCAUAAAAUUGUUACUGGAGGGAAAACUCCCAAAUUCAUUUUACAAGGCCAGCAUUACCUUAAUACCAAAGCCAGAAAAGAACACUGGCAGAAACAAAAACUAUGGACCAACAUCACUGAUAAAUAUAUAUGCAAAAAUUCUCAUUUGCUAGCAAAAUACUAGCAAACUGAAUUCAAAAACACAUUAAAAGGAUCACACCAUAAUCAAGUGUGAUUCAUCUCAGGGGUGCAAGGAUGAAAAUCUGUAAAUGUGACAUAUCACAUAAAUAGAAUGAAAGAUAAAAAGCACGUGAUCACUUCAAUAGAUGAAGAAAAAGCAUUUGACAAAAUACAGCAUUCAUUCAUAAUAAAAAUUCUCUCAAUAAACUGAGUAUAGAAGAAUUGUACAUCAACAUAAUAACUUCCAUAUCUGACAAGCCCACAACUAACAUCAUAUACUCAAUGGAGAAAGGUUGAAAGCUUUGCCUCUAAGAUUAGCAACAAAACAAGGCUGCACACUCUCACUACUUCUAUUCAAUAUAGCAAUGGAAGUUCUAACCAGAGCAAUAAGGCACCCAAAUAAAUUCAAUAAAAAAUAAAAAAAAGCCCUAGCCAGAUGGCUCGGUUGUUUGAAGCAUCGUCUCGUACACCAAAAGUUAGAAGGUUCAAUUUCUGGUCAGG